AUGUCAUCCCCUCCAGCAGCAGAGUCGGUGGAUAUUCCACUACGAGUAAAAAAGAUGACAGCGCUUUCAGGAGAAGUGCCCGCACCGCCGAAGCCGCUACAGGAUGCUAGCGGCUACACCAAAGACCGUCUCGAGCUAGGAUUAGAAUACGCAAAUGCGGUAAUACGCAUAAACGGGAGAAAUCUCUCUCCAAUUGGCAGGCGAACUCUCUCCAUAUAUAAGGAGGCAUGUACACAGCUGCUUCUGCUAAACGAGGGCGACUAUAUGGAUAUAAAAGGGGUAGAGAAAGUCCGGUCUGAGUUGCUUGGGACGAUCCGAAUGUUUGAAGAGAGCAGAGCCUACAAGGCCUGCUUAACAGUCACAGAGUCAAAGCACUCAGAGGAGCUCGCCAAAGAGAUCUUGCGACUCCAGCGCACUACCUUCUAUGCCAGAUAUGGAGAUGUCUUUGGAGACGCUCGCAAAUUAUUGCGGCACGAGGCCGAGGCAGGAAAAGUGACUGUCUGGUCCGGUCUAAAUCAGCGCUAUUGGACAACCAUUAGCAAAACAUUAAUUGCUGAGAAGCCGUGGUUUAUCAGAGACCACCCACGUUAUCCAGAGAACCCGCAGACAUGGGUAGCUACCCACGCUUUACAGAUGCGCACUGACGAGUUGUGUGGGCCGAACCCGCGAGACGAAGGCAAAGUUAAUAAGGAAAUCCAUGAGGAAAUCCACAAGGCCUUAGCGCAGCGUCUGCGUUCAGAAAGAAAAAGCCGCGAGAUGUCUAGCCGGGUGGCGUCAGCGGAGUUGGAUGGGGAGAUGGAGAGGGCGAAGAGACAGAAAAGGGAGUGGGAUAGGCUGCAGAAUAUAACCAGCAACGUCCACUCACUAAAGGUGGCGUAUGAGAAUUCGUGGGGGAAGAUGUUACCUCCUGUCAACCCUACUGCAGACCCAUGGAUGGGUGGGAUGGAGUCUGAGCCUGCACUAGAGUCCGCCUCCGAGUCUGAAUUCGAGCCUGAGCACAAGCCUACCCCCUCAUCCUCACCUACGCCUGAGAUGAUGGAUGUUAUUGAGCCUGACACUAUAAUGGGUUUAGGCGAUGGUAUCGGGGACGGCGAUAUCCAGUUGGGCGGCAGCGAUUCUGAAUAUGAGCCCGAGGAGUACAAUAUGUAUUAA